UAACACACAGGCGGUCAUUUGGUCGCGUUUCGGCCCUAAAUUAUUUAAAUACGUUGAUUUAAGGUGGAUCGAUGGACGGAAAGCUGAAAGUAUGCAUCAUUGGCGCCGAGGGCUGGGGCUCGGCCAUUGCGGCCGCCGUGAGCAAGAAUGUCUUGAAGGGAGGAGACUUCGACAGCCGGGUGCAUAUGUAUGUCUACGAUGAGAUGAUUCGCAACAGCAGCCUUUCGGAAGUCAUUAACAAUCGCCACGAGAAUGUCAAGUAUCUGCCUGGGAUCAAGCUGCCCUGUAACCUGGUCGCUGUUAAUGAUCUCUUGGAAGCUGCCCAGAAUGCAGAUAUCUUGAUAUUUUCCACGCCCCACGAGUUCGUCAAAUCCUACUGCAAUAUACUGGCUGGAAACAUGAAGGAGUCUGCCUUUGCCGUGUCCAUGACCAAAGGUCUGAUGCGCGUGCAGGGCGAGGAGAUUGGGCUCGUGUCGCACACCAUCAGCGAGCGGCUGGGCAUCCCGUGCUACUCGAUGAUGUCCGCCCAGAGUGCCAUGGAAAUGGCUCAGGGAAAGCUGUGCGAGGUUACCAUCGGUUGCAGUGACGAUGCUCAUGCCAAGCUGAUGAGUGCCGCCCUGCAAACCAACAACUGCCGAGUUAUCUCUGUCGAUGACGUCGAUGGAGUAGAGCUGUGCGGAACGCUCACGGACAUCAUGGCCCUGGGAGCGGGCUUUGUGGACGGAUUGCGCCUGGGCGAGAACGCUCGGGUGACCGCCAUCCAUCUGGGCAUCAAGGAGAUGAUGCGGUUUAUCAAGACCUUCUUCCCGUCCGCAAAAAUGUCGACAUUCUACGAGAGCUGCGGCGUGGCGAACUCUGUGGCUUCUAGUUAUGUCGAUAAAAACGCAACCUUCGCGAAGAGUUUAAUUACCUCGGGCAAAACGAUUGAGGAAAUAGAAGCUUACCUCCACAAUGGCCGCAAGAUGUUGGGUCCUAUGGUGGCCAGUGAUGUGAAUGCAUUAUUGGAAAAGGAGCUAAUGCAGCACGAAUUUCCGCUUUUCACGGCCAUCCACCUGAUAUGCCAAAAUGAAGCUCCGCCGGAUCUUAUGCUAGAAGCCCUAAGAAAUCACCCAGAUUUAAGCAAUUCAUCCAUUUCGCACUUACUAAACCACGAGUCAGAGAAGGGCGAGCCAAAAAUGGACCAAGUGCUAGAUCAAGUGGCUGACACCUUGCCCAAACUGAGGACCGCUUUAGAUAAGGUUUUAGCCGAGUCGGGAAACGAGAGUUUUAAGCACCUGAAGGUGACGGAAGACUGGACGGAAGUCAACGACUACGACGUCGAAGGGACGUCCCUAGAGACCGAAGAAAUUCCCAAUCAACUGAGUGUACAAGCCGCCCGACUCCAUAAUGACAUCCGGGAUGGUAAUGUGCAGGUGGCCUUCAAGAUGGACAUUGAGGAAGGCGAUCGGCAUGUGCGGCUCUUGCUGCAGGAGGACAGAGAAACGUCUAGAAAUAACACGGGGUAUCUAAUAUCGCCCAGAUUGGUUGCAGGCCAAGAAAGUGACGAUACCAGUAUGGGUCAGCAAAACUUCAAGAACCCUUCCAAGGGAUCUACUAAUUUCGCCGACAAAAUGAAGAACAAAACUUCUGAUGUCCUGGACUUGAGCUGCGAAUCUGAGCCACUGCAGUCAUCAAACCAAAAUAGCAAGCUGAUGGAAGCUGCGGAGCUAAAUCAGUCCAAGCUUCCAGAGAUGGCUAACUUAAAAAAGCAAAUCGACGAGCAAGAAGCGGCCAAUUUUAAAGCUCAGGAAAAUCUCAUAAAAUCAAUUAGGCAAACUAUACAAGCUCUCGGUGAUAAAGAAAAAAUGGAAAACCUAAUCGCUCAAAAUCAAAUGGAGGAGGAAACUGCCCACACUAAGAGCCAAAUGGAGGAGGAUUCUUUUCAACUGAAAAGUCAAAUAGGAGAGGAAACUUCUGAGGCAUAUACCGAAAUGCUCGAGGAAACUUCCCAACUAAAAGGUGAGAUGGAGAGCGAAAUGGUUGAGGAGACUGCGCACAUUAAAAGCCAAAUGGAGGAGGAGUCUUCACAACUGGAAGAGGAAGCCAUUGAAUCUAGAAGCCAAAUGGAAGAGGAAACUUCUCAGUUUAAAGGCGCAGCAAAUGAAUCGGAAUUUGUUGAACACAACGCUGGAGAAGAGCAAUCUCUAGAAGAACCAACAAACAAACAGCAGUACAAAAUAGGAUCCGAUGCUGCUAGCCUUAAAGCGCUCAUGUUCAACGAGACAGAAGAGCCUUUGGAGUCCGAGAAGCUGGUUGAAAUGAAACUUCAACACGAAAACGAUUUCGAUUUGGACGAGGAGCCAGCCAUAGCAAAGAAGAAUCGCACUUACACCAAAGAAAACAUAGAGCUCGAGGAGCUGCUCGAGUGGCAGAAACUAAUGCGGCGGGAGAAAGAUCAUACUUACUCUUCAGCAGAACUGGAAGAUGCCACCGCCUGGGAAGACAAUUCGAGGCUCCCAAUCGAGCAUGAAGAUAGAUUGCAGGAUGUCAAUAGCCAUCAAGACGCCGAACCCAUUCAAGUGCGGGCUGAGAAAACGCAGGAGCUGCUGAGCAACGUCGGUGAACGGAAGCCGUAUGAAAAUCUGGACGAGACUGGUCGCCACGAGUGGGAUUGGCUAAUGAACAACGAGAAGUUGGAUGCCGACGAAAGCAUCACCGAAUUAUCCACCAACAAAAGGGUCGAAAUGCUCAGCCAAUCUGACCAGGAUAAACUGGAUAAUCUCAAUCAUCAACUUAAUGAAGCUUUGCAGCAUGAUUUGGAGGUGAUGUCGGCUAGCCGAGGGGAUGUAGCCAACGAAGGCCUGCCCGAGACGGAAAUGAAUACCGAAAAUGCAAAGGAAAUUCCGGAGCAACCAAGGAACCCCACUCCCUAUCAAAUUCCCGCUGUGCCCGUGCCAGAGCCCGUGCCCAAUAAGCAGUCCCACAUUCGCGAGGGCAGUCCCCAGUUCCAGAAUCCGCCCCGAUCUGUUCCUCCACCUUCGCCUCAAACGAAGCCACCCUCGCCUAGACAAAAGCAGCCCCAUCGCACAAAUCCUCCCGUCGAAUUCGGCCACAUGGAUGAUGUCGUUCAACCGGAGAUGUCAGUUGGAGAGCAAGAGAUUCCGGUGGCUAAAGAAGUCUCCACGGCGGAAAGCAAAAGAACACAGCAAGUUGACUCCAGUAAACCACCAGAAGUUGCCACUCCUGCAGAGGAACGUCAAACCACGCCAAUGACAGAAAAGCGUCGGCAGUAUAUAGAAAACCAGAAGGCGCAGCUAGAAAGAAUGGGCAAAAAGAUCAGCGUUAUGCGCAAGGGUCAGGAUCGUCGAGUCAGUUACAGGGGCCAAAACCCCUUCAGGGAAGAACCGGAUCUGGAGUCUCGGCCGCCGAUGGACACCAGCCUCGAAAAGGACAAGGUGGGGGAGUCCCAGGGUCUGGGCCAUCAGCGUCGCAAGGUGGUGGUGUCGCCGCCCUUCCAUCCCCCCAUAAAUCCUAGAGUGCGCGUGCCAAGGCCACCUUUUGAUGGACGGGAUCAUGAGUUUCAUACAAUGACCCCGAAAUGGCCUCCCAUGCCCACGAAUCUGAGACAGAAUCGCACCUCCUUGGUGGCUACCAUCCAGGUGAAACAGUUUCGCGCUCUGCCGAGUCAGGUGCAGUCCAUCCCGCAACCCUUGCUAAAAAUGCCCUCGGGAGUGCCACGUACGCCUACGUUUUCAAAGAUUCUCUGCGCCCUUCAGUUGGGAUUGCUGGCCUCCUAUCUGGCUCGCUGCAAGAAGGACUAG